GAAGGGCUGGAUUUUACCGGCAUGGCUAAGAAAUGGGCUUCUCUUCUCUUCUUGCUACAAUUAUAUUGCUGUUUCAGCUGUGGGUCCAGUGGUAAGGUUCUGGUGUGGCCAAUGGAAUACAGUCAUUGGAUCAAUUUAAAGACAAUAUUGGAUGAACUUACUGAGAGGGGUCAUGAGGUGACUGUGCUGACAUCUUCAGCUUCCAUUCUGGUGGACCCAAGCAAACAGUCUGCUGUUAAAUUUGAGGUUUUUACUACAUCUUUUACAAAGGAUAAACUUGAUUCUAUUUUUAUGACACUUAUAAAGAUGUGGACAUACGAGUUACCAAAGAGCUCAUUGUGGGCAUAUGGUUCAAGGAUGCAAGAAACAUAUUAUGAAUAUUCUGAUACAGUCCAAAAGCUUUGUGAAGAUGCAGUUUCAAACAAGAAACUUAUGAAGAAGCUCCAAGAAAUUGGAUUUGAUGUUGUUCUUGGAGAUGCUAUUGCUCCUUGUAGUGAGCUGCUGUCUGCGAUACUUAACAUACCACUGGUCUACACUCUUCGAUAUACUACUGGCAAUACCUAUGAAAAACUCUGUGGAAAACUUCCAUUACCACCUUCUUAUGUACCUGUUGUCAUAUCAGAACUUAGUGACAAAAUGACAUUUAUGGAGAGGGUGACAAAUAUGUUGUAUUUCUUAUAUUUUGACUUUGCAUUUGAGACUUUUAAUAAAAAGAAAUGGGACAGAUUUUUUACUGAAGUGUUAGGAAGACCUACUACCUUGUGUGAAUUGAUGGGAAAGGCUGAUAUAUGGUUGAUACGAACCUACUGGGAUUUUGAGUUUCCGCAUCCAUACUUACCCAAUUUUGAAUAUGUUGGAGGACUCCAGUGCAAACCUGCCAAACCUCUACCCAAGGAAAUGGAAGAGUUUGUCCAAAGCUCUGGAGAAGAUGGCAUUGUAGUAUUUAGUUUGGGGUCAAUGGUGGAAACCCUUCCAGAAGAGAGGUCUAACAUGAUUGCAUCAACACUUGCUCAGCUUCCACAGAAGGUCAUAUGGAGAUUUGAUGGCAAGAAGCCAGCCACAUUAGGACCCAACACUCGACUCUUCAAGUGGAUCCCUCAGAAUGAUCUUCUUGGUCACCCCAAAACCAAAGUUUUUGUCACUCAUGGUGGUGGCAAUGGCAUCUAUGAAGCCAUCUACCAUGGAGUUCCUAUGGUAGGACUCCCCAUGUUUGUUGAUCAACCUGAUAAUAUUGCUCACAUGGAGGUCAAGGGAACAGCUGUUCGAUUGGACUUGAACACAAUGACGAACACAGAUUUCCUCAAUGCACUGAAGACAGUCAUUAAUGACCCUUCGUAUAAAGAGAAUGCUAUGAAGUUAUCAAGGAUUCACCAUGAUCAGCCAGUGAAGCCUCUAGACCGAGCAGUCUUCUGGAUCGAGUUUGUCAUGCGCCACAAAGGAGCCAAGCACUUGAGGCCAGCUGCCCAUGACCUCACCUGGGUCCAGUACCACUCUUUGGAUGUCAUUGGGUUCCUGCUGGCCUGUGUGGCAGCUACUGUAUAUAUCAUCACAGCAAGCUGUCUGUUUUGUUUCCGGAAGUGUACUAAAUCAGGGAAGAGAAAGAAAAAUGAUUAAUUGUAUCUGAGUCCCUAAAACUGAUUCUACAGAUGGGCUUCUCUAAUAUGUUCCAGCAAGAAGACUUGUGGAAUAGGGAACUUUUUUAUCCUGACAUAAUAAGUAUUUUACUAUUCAAAUUUGCAGUCCAAAAUUUCUUUACAAGAAAUAAAAUAACUUCCUCGGGGUUAGAUAUAUGUUAAAUAUAUAUAUAUAUUAAUUAAGCAAAAAUAAAAUAUUUGCAUGGUUAUAUAUUAAAGGGCAUAUAACUUUUCCACAACUGUAUAAAAAUAUAGAUCUUAACAGUUUUUCAAACAUGGGAACAAGAACUUUCUUUUUGCCUCCAGUGUUAUGCCUGGAGCUCAGUAUCAGCACUAGGAAUUCACCAUUCCUUGCAGCCAUUUUCCUCCUUUUAUUUAUUAAUUUAUUUAUUUGUCUGUCUAUUUUGUUUAGUAGAAGAGAGAGAAAUUGAGAGUAGAAGAGUAAAUAGAGAGAUAAACACCUUCAGACCUGCUUCUCUGCUUGUGAAGCAUCCUUGCUGCAAGUAGAGAGUGGGGGCUCAAUCUCAGAUUCUCGUGCAUAGUGAUAUGUGUGCUCAACCAGGUGUGCCACCACCCUGCCCCUUUGGGUCCAGGAACAUUAAGUAGUCAUCUAUGGUGUAUCAUUCCUCAUUUCAUUAGAAACCUGUUAUCUCAUCCCUCCCAUUGAACUAAUAUUGAAACAAAAUCCUUUCACUUGAAAAAUCAAUAAUUAGCACACUAUGGCCAUGUAAAUAAAAAUGCAAACAUAUGGAACUUUGGGUCUGGGAGGUGGCACAGUGGAUAAAACUGGACUCUCAAGCAUGAGGUCCUGAGAUCUAUUCCCAGCAGCACAUGUAAUAGAGUUCUUUCUCUUCUCUCCUCUUCUCCCUCUCUCUCUCUCUCUUUCUCACUCUCUCCCUCUCCCUCUCUCUCUCUCUCUAUAUAUAUAUAUAUGUAUAUAUAUACAUAUAUAUAUCUUAUCCCUCUCAUGAAAAAUUAAAAUAUUUUUGUGUUACAAGUUAUAACUCUAAAGUUUCUAAACUUGUGUACAAUCCAAUCUGAAGGAUUUUCUUUUUUGCAAAAGCCAUAACAAAUCACAAUGCACUAUAAUAGGAAAAGUAACUUGGUGACUAAUCAGCUUGAGAUGAUUGCCCUUUCACAGACAAGAUGUAUGACAACUUAUCACCCUUCUAGUAAGUCUGGCUUAACAUUCAUUUCUUUCAGAGACAUUCAAAGAAAGUACCUCCUAUUCUCCAGUUUACCUUAUGUCAGUGACACUGAUUGGGCUGUGAUUUU